AUGAAUGUCCUGGAUGCUUUUACUCAAAUGCCAAGAUAUUUGUCAGUUAUGGAUAUUAUACGUUUAUUAUGGAUAAUACCAACUGUAUGUGCAGUCGAAGAAGUUUUAAUGGACUCUACAACAGCAACAGCAGAGCUGGGCUGGACAAUAUAUCCAUCAUUAGGGUGGGAGGAGGUGAGUGGCUAUGAUGAAAACAUGAAUACCAUUCGCACGUACCAGGUGUGCAACGUCUUCGACGCCAACCAAAACAACUGGGUGCGCACUAAGUACAUCCGGCGACGUGGGGCCCAACGCAUCCACGUGGAGAUGAAGUUCUCCGUGCGGGACUGCAGCAGUAUCCCCAAUGUGCCAGGUUCCUGCAAAGAGACCUUUAACCUGUAUUACUAUGAGUCUGACCAUGACACCGCCACCAAAGUGUCCCCAGCGUGGAUGGAGAAUCCCUGGAUUAAGGUGGACACAAUCGCUGCUGAUGAGAGUUUCUCACAGGUAGACCUGGGUGGAAGAGUGAUGAAGAUCAACACUGAGGUGCGCAGCUUUGGCCCUGUGUCUCGUAAUGGCUUCUACCUGGCCUUUCAGGAUUAUGGAGGCUGCAUGUCUCUCAUCGCCGUGAAAGUCUUCUAUCGCAAGUGUCCCCGCAUUAUCCGCAAUGGAGCGAUCUUCCAAGAAACCUUAUCCGGAGCAGAGAGCACCUCGCUUGUGGCGGCGAGGGGUACGUGCAUACCCAACGCAGAGGAGGUGGACGUGCCCAUCAAGCUCUACUGUAAUGGUGAUGGAGAAUGGUUGGUGCCCAUUGGGCGCUGUAUGUGCAAGGCAGGAUAUGAGGCGGUGGAGAACGGGACCAUCUGUAGAGCUUGUCUCUCUGGGUACUUCAAACCAUCCCAAGGUGACCAGACGUGUCUUCAGUGUCCAAUCAACAGCCGCACCACCAAUGAGGGUGCUAUCAACUGCGUCUGCCGCAAUGGCUACUACCGAACAGACUCUGAUCCUGUUCAGAUGCCCUGCACCACGGUACCCUCCGCACCUCAGAAUGUGAUCUCCAUUGUGAAUGAGACAUCUCUGAGGCUGGAGUGGACAGCCCCAAGGGACAGCGGAGGCAGGGAGGACGUGGUCUAUAACAUCAUCUGUAAGAGCUGUGGGUCAGGACGUGGAGCCUGCACGCGCUGUGGGGACAAUGUCCAGUUUGUGCCACGGCAACUGGGCCUCACCGAACCCAAGGUUCACAUCAGCGACCUGCUGGCACACACACAGUACACCUUCGAGAUCCAGGCCGUUAAUGGAGUUUCUGACCAGAGCCCUUACUCACCUCAGUUUUCCUCGGUCAACAUUACCACCAACCAGGCGGCUCCAUCUGUAGUGUCCAUCAUACACCAGGUCAGUCGGAGUGUGGACAGCAUCACUCUGUCCUGGUCCCAGCCAGACCAACCCAAUGGAGUUAUUCUUGACUAUGAGCUCCGGUAUUAUGAAAAGAGCAUGGCAGAAGUCAAUUCUUCCGUCCUGAGGAGUCAGACCAACACAGCGGUCAUCCGUGGCCUGAAGCCAGGGACCAUCUACGUCUUCCAGGUGCGGGCCAGGACAGUGGCCGGAUUUGGACGCUUUAGUGGGAAGAUGUACUUCCAGACCAUGACUGAAGAGGAGUACAACUCAAGCAUCCAGGAGAAGCUGCCUCUGAUCAUCGGCUCCACCGCUGCUGGUGUUGUCUUUCUUAUCGCUGUGGUUGUGAUCAUUAUUGUCUGCAAUCGGAGGGGCAGUGACAGAACAGAUUCUGAGUACACAGACAAACUACAACACUACACCAGUGGCCACAAAGUGUCUCCAGGAAUGAAGAUCUAUAUCGAUCCUUUCACCUAUGAGGAUCCCAAUGAGGCAGUGCGAGAGUUUGCCAAAGAAAUAGAUAUGUCCUGUGUCAAGAUCGAGCAAGUCAUUGGUGCAGGUGAGUUUGGGGAGGUAUGUAGCGGCAAUCUGAAGCUGCCUGGGAAGAGAGAGAUCCUGGUGGCCAUUAAAACGCUGAAGUCUGGUUACACGGAGAAGCAAAGACGAGACUUCCUGAGUGAGGCCAGCAUCAUGGGCCAGUUUGACCACCCUAAUAUAAUUCACCUGGAGGGAGUGGUCACCAAAUCCAGCCCUGUCAUGAUCAUCACGGAGUUCAUGGAGAAUGGCUCACUGGACUCCUUCCUCAGACAAAAUGACGGGCAGUUUACAGUGAUUCAGUUGGUGGGAAUGCUACGUGGCAUCGCGGCAGGAAUGAAAUACCUCUGUGACAUGAACUACGUGCACCGCGAUCUGGCUGCUCGCAACAUUCUAGUGAACAGCAACCUCGUCUGUAAAGUGUCCGACUUUGGCCUCUCUCGUUUCCUAGAGGAUGACACGUCAGAUCCCACCUAUACUAGUGCCCUGGGAGGAAAAAUUCCAAUCCGAUGGACCGCCCCUGAGGCUAUUCAGUACAGGAAAUUUACAUCCUCCAGUGACGUUUGGAGCUAUGGUAUCGUCAUGUGGGAAGUCAUGUCCUACGGGGAAAGGCCUUACUGGGACAUGAGCAAUCAAGAUGUGAUCAAUGCUAUAGAGCAGGACUACAGAUUACCUCCCCCUAUGGACUGUCCCAAUGCAUUACACCAGCUUAUGCUGGAUUGCUGGCAGAAAGACCGCAACAACCGUCCUAAAUUCAGCCAGAUUGUCAACACCUUAGAUAAAAUGAUCCGUAAUCCCAACAGCCUGAAGGCCACCACUCCUCUUUCUUCAGGCGUACACCUACCUCUGCUGGACCGUAGCACACCAGACUUCUCCAGCUUUAACACUGUGGAUGAGUGGUUGGAUGCCAUCAAAAUGGGCCAGUAUAAAGAGAACUUUGCCAAUGAAGACUUCAGCACCUUUGAAGCUGUGUCCCAAAUGACUAUGGAUGAUAUCCUUAGAAUUGGAGUGACACUUGCUGGCCACCAGAAGAAAAUACUCAACAGUAUUCAGAUGAUGCGAGCUCAGAUGAACCAGAUCCAGUCUGUGGAGGUUUGA